GUAGUGAUGCUGGCAGUCAAGUCUGAGAAAAAGAGAAGAUUUUGCUGCCUUUCUACCAAUUUUCACAGACUUUUAGACACUUCUGUCUACUCCCUUCUUUUUCUUUUUCUGUCUUGUGCCGCUAUAUACAGGGAACCCCAUUUCAUUUGACUCUUUUCUAAGGAAAAACAAAGCUAUGUCAGGUUUAUAUAAUCAUAACUUUUCACCUUCAAGAGCUGCAUCUCCUCAGAUUAGAACUAAUCCAGAUGUUGAAAGUAAUCAGUAUUUAUCUGAGUUGUUGUCGGAGCAUCAAAAGAUUGGUCCUUUCAUGCAAGUUCUUCCUAUAUGUAGCACACUCUUGAAUCAAGAGAUCAUGAGGGUUUCAGGAAUGAUGCCAAACCAAGGUUUUGGUGAGCUAGAUAGGUUUCGGCAUAGAAGUCCCAGCCCUAUGACUUCACCAAACCUUAUGUCAAAUGUUGGCGGAACAGGACUGGGUGGCUGGAGUGGACUUGCGCAGGAGAGAUUAAGUGGAGCUCCUGGAAUGUCAAUGGACUGGCACGGGGCACCAGCAAGUCCUAGUUCAUACAUUAUGAAAAGGAUAUUGCGCUUAGAAAUUCCAUUAGAAACUUACCCAAAUUUCAAUUUUGUUGGGCGACUUCUCGGUCCUAGGGGUAAUUCCUUGAAACAGGUGGAAGCUACUACAGGAUGUCGUGUGUAUAUUAGAGGAAGAGGGUCAAUAAAGGAUCCGGAUCAGGAGGAGAACCUGCGUGGAAUACCAGGAUAUGAGCACCUGAAUGAACCACUCCACAUUUUAAUUGAGGCGGAAUUACCUGCCAAUAUCGUGGAUAUUAGAUUGAGACGGGCACAAGAAAUUAUAGAGGAGUUGCUCAAGCCAGUGGACGAGUCACAGGAUUAUAUAAAGAGACAACAAUUGCAUGAACUUGCCAUGCUAAAUUCAAAUCUCAGAGAAGAGAGUCCCGGACCAAGUGGCAGUGUCUCUCCUUUCAAUAGUGGUGGAUUGAAACGUCCCAAGACUGGUCGUUGAGAAGUUCAGACAUUCCAUUUCUUGAUCCCAUAUCCGCGUAGCUACCUAAACUCGAGAUAUGAAUAGAGAAAGAGAAAGACAUUCCUUGCGCGGUUGGCAUUGUGGUUGGCUUGUGGAUUUUAUUUAUUUUUCCAGCAGAAGAAACAGAAAGAAAGGGAAUAUAUAUAUAUAUAUAUAUAUAUCAUAUACAGAAAGAAUACAUCUUGUGGGUUAUAGUUGGAUCUUUGGAUUAAUUUUUGGUCAUGCCAGUGGUUAUCAACUUCUUCUAUUGGAUUUAUUUUUGUGUUUAUUAAUUGCUGUAUGAAAUAAUUCUAUUACUGUCUCAUAAUUGUGCUAGUGGUUUGUAAGCCUAUAAGUAUUUUUCGAGUAUAACCAUAGACAUUUCUUGUUUCCGA